CAUUUCCUUACACAGUGUAUCCAAGAGCUCGGCCGAUGACACCGUCCUGUGAUUUCUACCGGGAGAUGAUGCAGUGUUCCUCGGGUCUCAGGGACCCAGGCCAGACUGCCUUCAGGAAUAACAUCUGUGGCAAGCUCUCCUCUCGACAGUUCCAGGUAGGUGGGCUGUCGGAAGGCCAGAGAGUCAACCUAACACAGCAUAUGAUGCCUAGACACCCGCACCAGCAGAUAGAUUUCUAUAGGGCUCGAGUAUUCUGCGGUACUUACAACAGGGACGGCUCCAUGUUCAUAUCUGCCGUGCAAGAUAACCGGUUGUACUUGUAUGAGACAUCAAAGUUUGAGAAGUACAAAAGUAUCGUGGGGAGGGACAUUGGGUGGUCAAUCCUGGAUGUUGUAUUCAGUCAAGACCAGUACUGGUUUGCCUACUCCACAUGGUCCCCCUGCAUUUAUGUCUGCAAUGUGUAUGGAGAGGAAGAGAACCACUAUUCGCUGGACCUCAGACCGGACACGUUGGAUCGAUUCUGCGUCUUCUCCCUGCGGUUCUCCAGCGACGACAAGGAGCUCAUUACUGCGUGCAGUGAUGGAUACCUCUACAUCUACAAUCGUGAAAUCUGCGACAGAACUCUAAAGAUAGAUGCCCACCAAGAUGAUGCGGAUGCCGUGGCCCUGGACGACCAGUCUUCUCAUAUCAUCUUCUCUGCGGGAGACGACGGACUCUGCAAGGUGUGGGACCGGCGCUGUCUCUCUGAGGCCAAUCCUCGCCCUGUGGGUACCCUCGCCGGCCACAAGGACGGCAUCACGUUCAUCGACACCAAGGGUGACGGUCGUCACCUGAUCACCAACUCUAAAGACCAGACCAUCAAGCUGUGGGACAUUCGCCAGUUCUCCCAGAGGGACGGGAUAGCUGCCACUCUCGGGGAGGUGCAGAGACAGUCCUGGGACUACCGCUGGCAGGACGUACCCAAGAGAGUUAUGCGAGACGCUCUAGUGAAGCUACCAGGAGACAGCUCCGUCAUGACGUACGCCGGCCACCUGGUGAAGCACACUCUACUGCGAGCUAGGUUCUCCCCUCCUGCCACCACCGGACAGAGGUACAUCUAUACCGCCUGUGCAAAGGGAAGAGUCGUAGUGUAUGACACGCUGACUGGGGAGGUGGUGCAGACCCUGAUGACUGACAACUACAACUGUGUCUGUGUGAGAGACGUCUCCUGGAGCCCCAGCCAGCCUGGCGAGCUCGUCUCCUCCUCUUGGGAUGGUCUUCUUCAGCUGUGGAUCCCCCACCCAAGAAUUCGCCAGGCGGGUGCAGGCACUACAUCUUCUCAUGAGUCAGCAGGCACUCACAGCCACAUAAUAUGACCUCCCAGCCCCAGCACUCUCUAAUAAUCUGUCUCACAUUUGAUUCUGUGCUCCUGUCAUUCUGUUUCUUUCAUACAACACUUUAAUUGGCUUUCAUAAUUUGUCACUCAGUCAUAAUAACCGGUCAUGAUAAUCUUAUUCAUUUUUGUCCCAACUCUACUGAAGUGUGUGUGCGUGCGUGCAUGCGUACUGUCAGUAGAGGGUGGUGGUGUGGUGUGGGAGGCCAAUGGGGGAGGUGGUGAGGGUAUGAGGAGCUCUGAGUCCUGUUCUGUGGUGGGACUGCUGCUGGUGUUGGGUGCAGAGACGUUUCCACGUCUGUCGGUAUGUCCGUAGCGCCAUCUCAGAGAUCUCGACUUUCCUUUCCCAUGUCCUCACAGCUUUAGUCAGUUCAUAGAGACUGACCCUCUCCUCUACAUACUCCAUCACCUGUGAAGGGUCGUGUUUUUGGUCGAUUGUGCAUUGCGGUAUCUAUUGGUCGAUUGUGGAUUGGGUGAAUCAAGACUCACAUCUGGUACUUUGUAGUCU